AUGAGUCUUUGGGUAGACAAGCAUCGACCGAGAGAUUUGAUGAAGCUGGAUUAUCAUAAAGAUCAAGCGGUGAGAUUGAAAAGUUUAGUUCAGCAAAGUGAUUUUCCGCAUCUUCUUGUUUACGGUCCUUCAGGAGCCGGUAAGAAGACUCGCAUCAUGUGUUUACUACGAGAACUUUAUGGCUCUGGUGUUGAACGCCUAAGACAAGAAACAAUGACCUUUACAACACCUUCCAAUAAGAAAGUAGAAAUCAUGACUGUAAGUAGCAACUAUCAUAUUGAAGUCAAUCCAACCGAUGUCGGAAUUCACGACAGAGUGGUUAUUAUGGACUUAGUGAAGAAUGUGGCACAAACUCAUCAAAUAGAUUCAUCAGGGCAGAGAGAAUUCAAAGUUGUUAUUCUCAAUGAGGUGGAUGAUCUAACAAAAGAUGCCCAACACGCGUUACGUCGAACCAUGGAGAAAUCAAAAGAUCCAGAGCCUGACUGGCAACAGUUCAUCAGAGACACAGCCACAAUGAUACUAUCUGAGCAAACUGCAAAGAAACUUGGAGAAGUUCGACAAAAAUUGUAUGAGUUGAUAAUACAUGGUGUUCCUCCAGAUAUGAUCUUUGCAGGACUGUUGAAGGAGUUGGUCGUAAUUGUGAUAUGGCUAUGA